ACACACACACACACACACACACACACACACACACACACACUCCAGUUUAUUUGGAAUUUUCCGUGUUCAGCCAUCUGACUAACAAUCGGACUUUGGCGGUCCUGGAGAACACUCUUGCCUGAUAUUGAUUGGCCUGUCUGCGCUGAGACAGAUGAAUGCAUUAGUACCCAGCUCACCCUGCCACUGGAAAUAUAUUAAGUUCAUGUAUUAGGCACCCUGUCUGGUUGCCAUGGAGAUGCACCAGGAGCGAGGGAUCGGGGAGAAGAAGGAUGGGGGAGUGUAGGGAUGAGGAGACGAGUGGGGGAUACAGGAUGCGAUGAGGCAGUUGAGUUGAUUUGUAGUCCUACUCCCUCUUCGUUUAUUUCUGUCUGUCACUCGAGCGUCCGCUCUUACCUCCGUCCCCUCCUCUCCCUUUGUCUCAUGACUUCAGUUUCUUUUCGCUUGAAAAAAAAAACUGUCUGAACUUUUAUCAGGAAAAACAUUACAUUUUCACCUCAUCAAUUAAUUUUGUUCCUCUUUUGUUCUUCAUUUCCCCCUUCUGACUGGCUCCCGACUCGCCAUCUGUCAAUUUCUACGGCUGUCUCGUUUACUGAAAAUUAAAUGAAAUUCUAAUUUUACUUGAAUUUUCUUGCCAAUCUUCCUUCUUGCUUUGUCCUGACACAUACCUAGCCGUUUAACUCCCCUUUUAUCUGCCCCUCUCCCCUCAUCUGCGCCACCUCCCUCCUCGGCUCACGCCAUCUCUGUGCUCUGCAGUAAAACUGGUGCAUUGAGGCAGCAGGAAAUGAGGAAUAGAGACAAUAGAAUGGAGGAAAUACAGGAGAUACUGUCUGCUCUCAGACCCAAACACAAACCCCUCAAGCUCAUAGACAAUCAGAUGUAUGUAAAAUUUGUCUUUAAGGCUCUCAAGUUGUUCUUGUAACCUGAAGAAUUAUAAUUUCUUCACAUGUUGUCACCGUGGAAGCUGGAUUUGAAGAAAAACAAAAAAUUGUGCUCAGUUUGGAGCUCCUGCUAAAAAUAUGCAUGGCUGUUUUGUGGCUCGCAAGUGUUAGUUUGCUGAUUUGCCCCUCUCUGAGCUGUUAUGUCUGCUUUAUCAAGCCGCAAGUCAGUGGUCGGCUGUGUACGGGCUUCAUUGUGGAAGAAACGUACGUCAACAGCGUGGACGAAUGCUUCAGGAUGCUGGAACGCAUAUUCGAUACGAAUGAGGCAGUGAUGGAGGCUGGAAGAGCGGCUGGAGGUUUAGAAGGCAAGCUGAAGGAGAUCCUAGAAGCAGAGAUCUUACCCAUAGCGAGAGACUUUCAGGCAAAGCGCAUUAUGGACUCUAUGUAUGAAAGCAGGUUGCAGAAAGCAGCAGACAAUUUCAUUGCAGCUGCCUCCAAACUGCCUAGAGAUACUCAGUGUAUACCUCCAUGUGGUUUUCAGAACAUAGAUGCUGCGUACAACUGUGAAACCUGCCAGUACGACUCCUGCUUAUUCCCCCUCGACUGUCCAGUUGAAGAAAUUGAAGUAAUGGAGGGUAGAGGGAUCGAAAUGCGCUGCGAUGUGCCAUUCGACCUGCCAAAUGAUAUUGAGGCGGUCUGGAGGAUUGCAGAGCAGUUCAAAACGCAGGAAACGGAGCACUUUAAGGAGGUGACUGCAGGACCCGACAGGGUUUACUUCAUUUCAUCAACUAGCACUCAGCAUACGGGCACCUACCAGUGUGAGAUUUUCUCAGGCAUUCGAUCAAUUGUCAGGCUUUACUUCUACGUCACAGUGACCCCCCAGCCUGUGGAAGGCCACACAGCGCUGCAGGGGAUAUUUGACCUGUCUCUGCUCCCAAGAGGGCAGUUACUCACCGCGCCUGGUGCUGCUGGUGCUGCUCCUCACUUCUUCCUUCACCUCCUCCUGUUUCUUCUCACCACCUGUUUAGCCUCUUCACUGCUGCUGCUGUUCGUCUCCCUGGGGUUCCUGUACUGGUUGUCGGUAUCGGAGGUAGACCAUCCUGUAGCAGAUUCGGAUGAAGAAGAUUAUUUCGGUGUUUCAAUGUUAGCAAUAUGAAAAGGAGCGGCUUUUAUUAAAAACGUACAUAAAGUACUGGCUAUUCUG